CUCUCUAAUAUCUGUCGAGACUUUGCGCGCUCUAUAUUCAAGGAGAAAUGUCUGGCAUGAUGCAGGAUCCUAGCCAUGGCAUUCACCGGGACUUGCUCCCUCACGUCCACCUCGUCUCUACCUACCGAUUUCCUCACCUUCCAGCUCUCCAUCCCGAGAAAGUCGCAGAAUGGCUUCUAGGCGCACCAAAGAUCGCGCGCGACCAAGCUCCCUUCUAUUGGACGUAUCUUGAUCGACCUGCCGAUGGCACUAUUCUUCUUGUGUGGCAGUCCAUGGCUUUGCCCUUCGAUUGCCCCAGCGAUGGUUAUAUUUGGACUCCUGCAGAGACAGCUUUCCAACUCGAAGUUAAUGGUGGUUAUACUCUCGAGAUGUAUCAACAUAAAACUGGUUAUGCUCCUAGCGAGCCUGUCGCAACCCACACCCGUCGCCGCUACCGUCUCAUGCCCUCCAAAUUCGCGAAUCCCUCCGGACCCCAACCAGAUCCCAGCUUGUGGAUCAUUCAUUAUGCGCAAUGCGACCCCAAUGAUCGAGUUCCAUCCAACGUAAUCCCUCUUGAUAUGCGGGCCCAGAAUACGAUACAGACCAGAGCCUACCUCCACCAACAAGGACAGAUUGUUCAGAAGGAGUUCAUGCUUCAUGAUCGCGCCAACUGGCCUCAGAUUACAUUUCCACGAAGUCACCUGCGCGGUCCAGCUGGGUAUGGCAGCAACGUACUCCCGGCCCGUGUACCCCAGACAAUGGCAUACCCUCCUCAUCAGCCUUCCGCCGCUCCUCCUGCAAAGCGAGCCAGAACACAAGCAUCCAUCAGCCAGAAUGUCGCAGCAAGUGGUCCAGUCGCAGUUCUUGAUGUCGACGAUGAUGAGGAUGCUUCGCGCGGCGAUAUGUUUGAUCAUUUCACACCUCGGGACAUUAGUAGCCUUAGGUACAAACAGAACCACGAAUGGAUGGAAGAAGUCUUAUCUUCACCAUACUCGAUCAAUCAGAUCAUCCCUGUAGAUCUGGGGCUUGGCAUACGAGGCGAGCUCUCCAGUCUCACAGAAGGGAUCUUCGAUGCACCACUCGAUCCAGAGAAGGAUGCGGUCAAGAACAGCUAUGUAGGUCGUUUGGAUCCUGGAAAGGCAGAUGAGUUUCGCAAGAAAGUCGCGGAACAUGUUGAGAAGACCAAUAAGGAUCUUGAGAAGCUGAAGGCCAAGCACGCAAAGAGAAUGGAAAAGUUCAAAAAGGACGCUCUUCUUGUCUCUGCCGAGAAAGAACUCCGCACCGCUGUUAAUGAUCCCUCUGACGUUGGCCCUGAGUAUUGGCGUCUCGAGGGAAAGAUUGACGAAGAAAACGGUGAAGAUGGCAAAGUGGACAACAAAACUCCGUCCAAAGUCGACGAUAUCUUGGCGAAAGUGGAAGCCUCCCUCGGUCGUCAUGCAGUUGCUGUUCAAGAACUUCGUCGCAUCCAAGAUGGUGGCUAUGAAGAACCUGCUCCUCCCCCACCUUCUCAGCCAAGCCCAGAAAAGACAGCUUUGAGUUCACUCCACGCGACCCCUCACAGUGGUGUCUUGGGUAACGAUACGGAUAUGGAGAUGGGAAAUUCUGCAGCUGGCCUGCUUGAUCAAUAUCAUCAAAACGGGCUCUCGUCGAACGCUACACCUGGGAGCAACUUUGGUCCUUCACCACAACCUCAUCUACAAGCUCCCCCUUCUGCCGCUACUCCAGGAAUGCAAGCACCUUCCCCCCAACCUGUUGCUCGUGUCUCGCCUCAACCCCAGCCUCAGCCACAGGCCCAGCCCCAAUCGCAACCGCCAUCGCAACAAGCGCAACCGCAACCGCAACCGCAGCCACAGCCACAAGCUCAAGCUCAAGCUCCUCAACAAGAUGUCAGCAUGGCCAACGCAAAUGAGCAAUCUACAUCUACGGAUGGCACAGGCGAUUGGGUCGUCGUCCCUCCCGGCGGUGUGAGUCCUGUCACCGCACCCAACGAGCCAUCAACAUCUGCCGGCGUCUCAGCCCCACCAACCAUCCCCACAGUCUCCCCCAACCCCACCGUCACCGCCGAGAACACGCCUCUCCCAAGUUUCAGCACCAGCCCAAACAACUUCGGCGACCUGAGCGAUCUCGACACCGCCGGCGAAGCACUCGCGAACUACAGCGAGAUGGGCGGCGACGGCGAUCUAAGUCUUGAUAUGGACGUCGGCAUGGAUGAUUCUGCAUUCGGGGAGGCUUUCCAUGGUGUUGAACCGCGCGAGCAGGGCGAUGAUAAUGGUGAUAAUACCAUGUAAGAAAGCUUUUGGAGGAUGGAUUUGUGAAAAGAGGAUUUGUGGGUUUUAAGCGUGGAAGGGGGCCGAUGGAUGGCUAUGAUUUGGCUGGCUGCUAGAAAACUUGUAACAUAAUGAUUUGCUGCGGUUGUUUCUACUACUGCUCCUUGCUCUGCUUAGCAAAUAAUAGAUUGUUCACCGGAUAGUUUUCUCUAAAUAUGGCGAUAAUUUAAAAAGGGAAUUCGUUAUCAUAGCAAGCAAGCAGGCAAGUAACGUAAGGGUUGUAUACAGCCCAUGGAUAUCAAUCAGCGAGAAAUACUGCUUCAGCACGCAAGAGAUGAUAUCAUCAACCACCGGAGCAAAUUCGUAAGCAAAGGAAGAAAGAAAGAAGGCAAGGAAGGAAGAGAGAGUAUCACAGAAUCAUCCCGGCAACCUCUCAACCUCGCGCAG